UCAUAUACCUAGCGAAUAUUUAGAAUAAAACUCGAUCAGUGGUAGUUCUCAUCAUCAUCAUCUAUUUUGUCGUCGUGAUCGUAUCGUCGUGUUAGUUAUCGUUGUGUCGUUAUUGAUGUUGAUGUCGGUAUCGGUGUCGGUGUCUACAAUAAUCUCUCUGUAGUCGUUCAAACGCUUCGAACGUUGCUCAUUUCAUUCAACGAACGAUGGUGGUUCUAGAUCUUUUCGAAAAUAUAUCUUCAGUUCCGAAGCUUUAUUAUGGAGCUUUAUUCGGAAUUGGUUUCAGCUUUUAUUAUCUAUUCGAGGUCGUUAAAACCCCACUGUUGGUAUGUGCAAAAGGACCCUUUCGUUCCUUCUUAGAGGACCAUGUAACAUUGGUGAAAAAUAAAUUUUGGCCUACCUUAUGGUGUUUUGAAUCACGAGCACAAACUGUAUUAGCAAGUAUCGUUAGGGCACGUGUAUUACCAGCGAUUCAUUACCGCAGGGAAAUUUUUACAUUAUCCGAUGGCGGCGAAGUCGCUUUAGAUUGGGCCGAGGAAAAUUGUCCGACUACGUCACCGAUUGUUAUCAUUUUACCAGGCCUUACCGGUGCUAGUAAUACGGAAUAUAUCAAGUGUUUGGUAUCAGCCGCCAAGAAGUCACAUAUAAGAUGCGUAAUAUUCAAUAACAGAGGAUUGGGUGGUGUUAAAUUGAAGACACCACGGACAUAUUGUGCAGCUAAUUGCGACGAUCUGGCAGAGAUUAUCGAACAUUUAAAAAAAUUACAUCCUAAUGUUCCCCUCGGUGCAACUGGUAUUUCAAUGGGAGGAUUGAUAUUAGGUAAUUAUUUAGCACAAAACGGUGAAGCUGCUAAAGAUAAAUUAAAGGGAUGCUUUAUCAUCUCAGUGCCUUGGAACGUAUUUGCCGCAACAAAAAGCAUCGAAGAUAAUUAUAUAAAUUUGAUGCUGAAUAAACAUCUAGCCAGUAAUCUGUGUCGUACGGUUAAAAAAUAUUACUCCUCUUUGGAGACCGGCUUAGAAAAUGUAGAUAUGAAUGACGUUUUACGUAGUCAAACCGUAAGAGAAUUCGACUCGAAUUUUACGACCAAACAAUUCGGUUUCAAAGAUGUCGAAGAGUAUUAUCAAAAAGCAACGUUACAUGAUAAAUUGCAUUUAAUGGAGGUACCGGUUUUGUGCCUUAAUGCGGCAGACGAUCCUUUUCAACCUUUCGAAGCAAUACCACUAAAUGAAUUUAGCAAAACUGAAAAUGUCGCCAUCGUGGUAACUUCGCGCGGUGGUCAUAUUGGAUUUCUCGAAGGUUUUUGGCCAGUAAAAGAGGAACAAUAUAUCAGCAAACUAUUUUGCCAAUAUUACACUGCUCUAUUUACCAUUGGUAUGGAUUUACUUUCCCAUUAAAACAUGAAGCAAUUAUUUUGGACAUCAUCGAAGAGAAUCGUCGAUGCAAACAUUUUUAAUAAUUAUUCGGGGCGAUCGUUCAAGAUGUGCCAUUGUAAGUUAUUUGUCUUUUCCAUUUUCUUCUUUUUUUAUUUUUAUAUAUAUAUAUAUAUAUUAUUACAUGUCUAUAUAUAUGUACACAUGUAUGCAUAUAUAUAUAUAUAUAAAUAUAAAUAUAUAUAUAUAUAUACACGAUACAUAUGUAGAUAUAUAUAUAAAUGUAAAUAUAUAUAUAUAUAUUAAGAAUGACACGUUACACGACGAUGAUUAAAACGCGAACAAUACAUUCCUAAAAUAAAAACGGGCAACAAGUUGUAGUAUUAUUAUUAUUAUUCAUAAAUUGCAUUGUAUGCAUUAAUUACGACUUAGCCACGACGAAGAAAAAUUUCAUUAUACAUGUAUACAUAAGAAUAUAUUUAUAUAUAUAGUCUUAUAUAUAUAUAUAUAUAUAUAGUGAUUAUUUUUCUUCGAAUUUUGACUAUACGAUAUAAGUGCGUGUGCGUGAGAUAUAAUUUCUUUUAUAAUAAUUUAUUAAAAAGAAAAGAAAAUAAAACGAGAGAAAAAAAAAAAAAAGAAAAGAAAAGAAACAAAAAUAGAAAAAUAGAAAAAGAAGAAAAAGUAUGUAAGACCACGCGUAUGCAUUUAUCUUUCAUAAAAAUUUACGCAAAUAAAAUGUUUUUUCCGACGACGAAUAUAUUAUUAUAUAUCACAAAUAAUAAUACCUGAAACCACCCCCCGUAAUAAUUUUAGAAGAUGUACAAACAGUAGUAUAUAAUAACAUUUACAUACGUUAUAGCUUGAAUGUUAAAUUCAAAGCUUGGACGAUGAACGAUAAUAUGUCUGUGUUCUCCUCGAUCUAAAAAAAAAAAAAAAAACAAAUAGAACAAAAUCGAAUGUUUAUAACGAUUGUUAAUAAAAACGUGUGUGACAUA